GCCGCUUCCCAGAUGACUAAUCAGCGCACGGCUCCCGCCUCGCCACCAAACCGCCGCAAUGCCGCGUCCGACGUUCUCCUCCGGCCGGCCGCCGUCGUCGGCGGAAGCCGACCCAGGCUCGAAUCCUCACCUCUCCUCGACGCCGGAUUCCUCCAUAGCGUCCCUGAUCGAGCGCGCCACCUGCACCACCGCUCCUUCCGUCGACCCCGCCCUCCUCCGCGCUAUCAAGUCCUCCGCUCGCUCCUCCGACGGCGCCAUCCGCGACGGCUUCCGCCUCCUUCUGUCCCUCAUGGCCAAGCCCCACUCCCAUGUGCGGCUCCUCGCCUUUAGCAUCGUUGACGAGCUCUUCAUGCGCUCCAAGCUGUUCCGAUCCCUCCUCGCCGACUCGCUUGACGGAUUCCUCCCACUAGCCGUUGGCUUCCGCCACCAGCUCCCGCCGCCUGCUGCAUCCGCCACCACACUCCGGAAGGCAGCUGUCCAGGCACUCGAGCGCUGGCACCACCUGUUCGGUGCGCACUACCGCCAGCUGCGCCUCGCCGUUGAGUACCUCAAGGAGUCUGCGCGCAUCCGGUUCCCUGGCAUCCACGCAGCUGUGGAGGCCCGUGCUGCACGGGAGGCACGUACGCAGGAGAUCUUGACUGGCAAGAUUGAACAGUUGCGCCAGAAUAUUGGAUCCAUAAAGGCUGAGAUCCGGUCCACAAUUGAUGAGAUUCGCAACGGGUUGGCCAUCAUCCGUGCUGAGUAUGAUAAAUUUGAGGCUUAUGUAGAUGAUGAUGAGGAGCAGGAGAUUGCUUCAUUGGAGAUGCGGAGUAUUAGGAUAGCGUCAUUGAUGGCUGGGGAAUGGGUGCCUGAGACUCAGGAGAAUGAGGCAGUGUUUGAUGCAUUGAGGGAGUCAUGUCGGCUCCUUAUAUCAAAACAUCUUGGCACUGUUCAGGAGUGGAUAUCUGUGCUUGUUAGGGUCAAUCUUGUGGAUAAUCGUUUCAGGGAUUCUGCGCUGAAGGAAUUCAUCGAUGUUAAGAAUGAGAUACGUGCAGUUAGAGACCAGUGUAGCGAGCUUGGUCUAAAUCUUGAUAAUGUUCAUAGGAAGAAGGAUGUUCAAGAGGACGAGGAUGAUGAAAUCUGGGUGGAGGGAAACAUAGAAGUAUCUAGCCCUGCUAGAAUUGAGAGCAGUGUAGAUGUUGCAAGUUCCAGCAAGGACGCUAGAAAGGGAAAGAGGGUAGAGGUUAGCGUGAAUUCUGGUAAUGACGAGGCGCCAAAUGCUGGUAAAAGAUCUCAGGAGAUGGAUCCAGGGAGAGCAAGGCUCCUUGCUGAAGCCCGUGUGGUACCAUGGAGUUCUGUCUUGGACAGGUGGGGUUCAAAUGGGGAUGCACAUGUCAACCAGAGAGGGCUUGAGUUUGAUGGCCAUUGGGGGAGGAUGGAUAAUGAUGCUGUUAUACCUGCAGCAAAGAUUGCUGAGUUAAAUGUUCACAGUUCAGUUUAUAAAGAAGAGCCAACUGAGAUCCUACCAUGUCAUGCACCUCUGAAGAAAGGAGGUCUUUGCCAGAGAAGGGAUCUCAAGGUAUGCCCUUUUCAUGGACCCAUCGUCCCACGUGAUGCAAAAGGAAAUCCAAUUGGUCAGAGUAAUGGCAAUUGUAAUACAGGAGGAGAACCCAUUGAGCAGAAUGGAGGCAUGUGUGAUGCCGGAGGAAACCUGGUUGAGACAAAUGGAAGCACUGAUGGUGAAUAUACGCAGGAGCCCUCUCCUUCAGGAAUGAUAAACAGAAAUAAUGACAAAUGGAGCAUGCAUGGAGGCCAUGAUCUUGAUAAAAUUACAAUGGAACAGCUGGCUAGGCAUGCAAUUAAGAAUGUCCGGAAAAGGGACAUCGAUGAUAAAGCACGCGAAAAAGCCCAACGUGCUAGAAUUCGUCAGCAUAAUGAAGAUGUUUUGCGGGAAGCAGCUAUUGCUUCAACAUCCCACUCAGCGGCAGAAUAUGACCAGCCUUCUGAAGUACUGGGUCGACGGGGUCGACGUCGAGGUAAAACGAAGGAACCAACGCUAGCAUCGAUGUUGAAGAAAAAGGUCACUACCAAAGAUAGGAUCACAGAGAGGCUUCUAAAUGCUCGAGCUAGGGACGCAACCAUAAGAGAAGUUUCAAAGAAUGAGGACAUGAGCUAUAGGGAAGCAUUCCCAAAUCAGUGGUAAUAAAAGGUGCUGGGUGCCUCUCAAAAAAUAAAGCAGCCAGGUAGUUCUCUUAAGAACCGGGUAAAUCUUCACGAUCGGCAUUUUUUUUUCAUGUAAAGUUAUCAGCUUAAUAGUUAUUUUGGUGCCAAGAUGCUACUAAAUGAUACUCCCUCUGCUCCUUUUUAUAAGUUGUUAUAGUUUUGUCCUAAGUGGAACUUCUUAAAUUUGAACGACUAAAUACGUAUACUAUGAAGAUAUAUAUAUCAUAAUGGAUUUAAUAAAAACUAAUUUAGAGUAGUAGAUGUUGGUGGAUUUAUCUAUAAGCUUGGUCAAACGUCAGGAAAUUUGACUUGGGACAAAGCCAAAACACCUUAUAAAAAGGAACAGAGGGAGUAGCUAUUUUCUUAUCAAAUGCAGUUCAUGUACAACAGAAUGAAUAAGUUGGGAGUUUAUUUGGUGAAAA